ACAGUAAAAUCAGAACAACAGUUCAUUCGGUAUACAAGAAUGCACUAAAGAAACAGCACACAGGGAAACUGUAAACUUCUCUUACUAACAUCAUACAAGACAAAGGACUUGAAUGAUAGAUGUUCUUAGAAGAUUUAGAAAAAUCUUUAGAUUCAAAAUGUAUCUUGCAAUUGCCAUACAACUCAGCAUUUUCUGCAUCAUCCAAGCAGCUAAUCUAGAUGAGGACAAAGCCUGUGGGGACUGUUGUGCUGCAGGGACUCAUGGAAUUCCUGGCACGCACGGUGCCCCUGGUAAUCCAGGCCCAAUAGGCCUAAAAGGAGAUAUCGGAGUGAAAGGAGAAAAAGGAAACCAAGGUAUAGAUGGGAAAGAUGGGCUUGAAGGUAAAAUAGGAUCAAUUGGUCUAACAGGUGCUACAGGUGAGAAAGGUGAAAGAGGAGAGAAAGGCGAACAAGGUACCCUAAACAACCAGCCUAAAUCUGCGUUCUCGGUUGCAUUUAUGAACAAUCCUGGCCGUCAUCCAAUUGUUCCAAUAAAAUACACAACAAUAUUCACAAAUGUGGGUAGUCACUACAAUGCAGAAACAGGCAAGUUUGUCUGUCAACAUCCAGGCACCUACGUCUUCCAAUUUACAUCAGGGUCAUCUGACAACGGAAACAUUGUAACACAAAUCAUGAAGAAUGGGCAACGUGUUGUCUCAGCAUUUGAGAGUGGUCCCGGCUUUAAAUCAAUUGGAAACAUGAUUGUUCUUGAUUUAGUAGCAAAUGAUGAAGUGUGGACUCAGCCUCUAAGUACCAACUAUAACAAUUACUAUAGUAACAGUAAUACCUACUGUACUUUUUCAGGCUUCCUGCUUUAUGCAACAGCAUAAAGGAUUUUAAACAAACUAUUAUAUACAAAUUG